UAGUGAUUUGCAUAUUGUGUAUAUUGUAAAACUUCAUUUCUGUCUCUAAUAGUUGGAUCGGGUGACUUUAUAUAUUCAUUCGCUUUUAACGCGGCUCUGGUUUUGGAGGCUACUUUCUUUCUCUCUCAAACUAAUUAAUUAUUGGUCUUCAAAACUGAGAAUGAAUUACUAGUGGUGGGAGUAUUUAUUAGUAUUAUUGUGUUCAACUUCACGGUAGCUAAGCUAACACAAGAAGUUGCUUGGAUCUCAUUCUGUAUGCGUCGCCAAGUCACAGUACCACCAAUCCACCCAAUUCAGCUCCUGACGCUUUCGAGGGUUAGCAGGUGAGGACGUGUGUAUGAUCAGAUCUCACAACUGAUCAGAUGAGACUUUCCUUCAAGAGGAAGAAGAGGAAAUCAGAGUUAGACAAGUCUUUACAAAUUCACCAAUUCGAUUAGACACAGAAAUGAAGUAUUACAUCUCAACCACCGGAAUUAAGAAAGUCACAAUAUCCAACGCCAUCGGCGGUGGAGUUGGCGGAGUCAUGAAGGGAAAGGGAUCGCCGCCCACUCGCCGUCUGUCUCACCGAUUGGUGUUGCCGGCAUCGUUGAUGCUUGGGAUCCUUUUGCCCUUUCUCUUUCUUAGAAUUGCUUUCAUAGUCCUUGAAUCCGCCACCGUCGAUUGUAUGGGAUGGAGGUUAUUCGGCGGUAGUGAAACAUCUCUGAAACUGAGAGAGGAGCUGACGAAGGCUUUGGUGGAAGCGAACACGGAUUUGGAUAUGGAUAUGGAUGUGGAUGGAGCAGGAAUAGGAAUAGGAUUUGAGGAGAGAUCUCCACCACUCCCACUACCACUACCACUACCAGCAUCUUUCAAGGACCUCGUGACGGAUGUGACGUCUAAAAAACAGGACAUCAAGGCCUUCGCUUUCAACACCAAGGCUAUGAUAUUGAAUAUGGAGCGCAAGAUCCAUUCAGCCAGGCAGCGCGAGUCGUUUUUUUGGCAUUUAGCUUCAAAUGGUGUCCCCAAGAGCUUAUAUUGCCUUUGCCUCAAGUUGGCUGAGGAGUAUGCCAUAAAUGCCAUGGCGCGAUCACGCUUACCUCCACCUGAAUUUGUUUCUCGCCUUACUGACCCUUCCCUUCACCAUGUUGUUCUCUUAACUGACAAUGUCCUUGCUGCCUCUGUUGUCAUCUCCUCUACCAUAAAAAGCUCAGCCAAUCCAGAGAAACUAGUGUUUCACAUAAUCACUGAUAAGAAAACUUACACUCCAAUGCAUGCAUGGUUUGCAGUAAAUUCCAUAAAUUCAGCUGUUGUGGAAGUCCGAGGAUUGCAUCAGUAUGAUUGGUCUCACGAAGUGAAUGCUGGGGUUAGGGAGAUGCUAGAAAUUCAUCGCCUUAUUUGGAGCCAUAACUAUCAUGAUUUAAAAGAAGACAUUGAAAAUGAGGGAGGACAUGGAAAAAAUUUGGAGUUUCUAAGCCCGAGCAGUAUCUCACUUAUGAAUCAUCUCCGGAUUUAUAUUCCUGAGUUGUUUCCAGAUCUGAACAAGAUUGUGUUCUUGGACGAUGAUAUUGUAGUACAACAUGACUUGUCAUCUCUAUGGGAAUUGGAUCUCAAUGGAAAAGUUGUUGGUGCAGUUGUUGACUCAUGGUGCGGACACAACUGCUGCCCAGGAAGAAAAUACAAGGACUACUUCAAUUUUACGAAUCCAAUCAUAUCAUCUAACUUGGACCAUGAUAGUUGUGGAUGGUUGUAUGGGAUGAAUGUCUUUGAUCUGCAAGCUUGGAGGGAAACCAACAUUACUGCAACUUAUCAUCAGUGGCUUAAACUUAGCCUCGAUUCCGGAUUGACAUUAUGGCGUCCUGGAGCACUGCCACCGGCAUUGAUUGCAUUUGAGGGUUACGUGCAUCCUAUUGACCCUUCAUGGCAUUUUUCUGGAUUAGGUUACCGAUUUGCACAAGUUGAUCCACAGAUAUUGGAAGUUGCUGCCGUUGUACAUUUCAGUGGACCCGCAAAGCCAUGGCUAGAGAUUGGGUUUCCCAAGGUACGAAGGUUAUGGAAUAGACACGUCAAUUUCUCAAAUGAUUUUAUUAGGAAAUGUAGAAUUAGGGGGUGAUGAGGACAAAGUUCUCUCACUCUUGAUAUUAUUAUUAUUAUUAUUAUAGUAUUUGGUGCGGAACCGAGGUAGGUCACGGAGGGAAGAAGGUUUUGGCUUCAGCCUCCAGGACAAAGUAGUCAGUCGUCUCACUCUUCAUAUUACUUAAUAUUUAAUUAUAGUUUUGGUGUCAAAGCAGAGGUACACACAGUGUGGGACGGAGGGAAGAAGGUUUUGGCUUCAGCCUCCGCUUGCACUUGACUUCUGUACAGUAUGAGAUUCUUAUUUCUUGUCCAUAAAUAGAAAAUUGUAAAGGUACUUAAUUUGCUAAUACAUAUAGAAUUUAGAUAUUUAUUUGAUCUGCAGCAGGAGAUUUAAAAAGGAUCAUGGUUGUAGCUAUAUACAUUAUUGUAAAGUAAUUUCAAUAUAUGUUUCAUUUUUCUCUU